CACUAACGCACAUGUCAGCUUGCCGGCGACAUUUUCUGUAUUUGAUUGUCGAACAUUCCCCUCUCUUUUUUCGAUUGCAGAGUAAAUUUCAAUGGAAAUCAAGGAGUACAGAAUAACUUUGCCCGUAUCUGUCGAAGAAUAUAAAAUUGGUCAGUUGUACGCUGUUGCAGAAGCAAGUAAGAACGAAACGGGAGGAGGGGAAGGAAUCGAAGUACUAGUAAACGAACCGUACUCAGACCACGCAAAGUAUGGGAGCGGACAGUACACACAUAAAGUUUUCCAUUUAUCGAAAAAGGUUCCAUCUGUAAUUCGACUUUUGGCACCUAAGGGUUCGUUGGAAGUUCACGAAAAAGCGUGGAAUGCUUAUCCGUAUUGCAGGACGGAGUAUUCAAACCCGUACAUGUCGGACAAUUUCUAUAUCUAUAUCGAUACAUGGCAUAGGGAAGGAGAAGGCGAGGAAAAUGUGCACAAGUUAACGGCGGAAGAACUGGGAAACAGAGUUGUAGUAGAUAUUGACAUAUCUGACAACAAUUGUGUUGCUCCAUCGGACUACAAGGAAGAUGAGGACCCAACUAAAUUUCACUCCAAGAAAACUGGGCGAGGUCCUCUUGAUUGUGAAGGCGAGUGGAAGAAAAACGACCAUUGGCCUAAAAUGACGUGCUACAAGCUUUACCAAGUACAGUUUAAAUGGUGGGGCCUCCAGACCAAGGUACAGAGCAUUAUCUUUAAGGCUGUGAGGCGACUCCUCACUAACUUUCACCGGCAGUUGUUUUGUUGGUUGGAUCUUUGGUUCGGAAUGACCAUGGAAGAUAUACGAGAGCUUGAAGAAAAAACCAAAGGAGAGCUAGAUAAGUUACGACGUGAAGGCGAAGUGCGUGGAAUGUCUGAGAAAUAAAUAAAACUGAAACAGGUACAAUAUGAUCGACCGAAGUGGAACGUUAUCCCAUUACUAUUAGAGUAGUAGUAAACUCGUAUCAUUAAGAGACGAGGGCUGUUUUAUAUUGGGUUUUCACCGCUUAGACAUUCUUCUGAUAAGGUUUUAAUGAAGUUUUUUGUUUGUUUUUUUUUUUGCAGUUUUUCAUCUGUAAUCAUUACUUGGCUCGUAAAUCCUCUUCCAUUGUUAUUAUUUAGGUGAACCAUGUUGCUUGGGGUUAUUUGCAAAGAUACAAAGUCAACAAUACUUGAUAUGUUGGUGAUUACAUGGGGUGCAUAAAAAGUCCUUCUGUACGUUUAACUUAACUUACGAGAUGUAUUUAUCUAGGAUUAAAACUUUGAUUACCACAAAGUUAUUAUUUGUGGUGUGUGGUAAGAAGUAUUCACAUAUCAGGUGAGUUUUUGAUUCAGCAUGAUGCGCUUAAUUAGUAUUUUUGGCGAUGCAAGUGUCUGUUUCUGGUAAUAAAAGGGAAUGCAACACUAUACUUGAUGUGGUUAGCUUUAAGUAAUUUUAUCACGAAAUUAACCUGUCUGUGCCCUGUCCAUCAUGGUACUGUUUAAGAUGAGGCAUUAAUGUUAUCAAUUGAUAUGAACCCUUCAAAACCUCUAAUUCUGUUUUCACUUUUAAUUGUUCAUUAUAUAUUGAUUAUCUCAAACAUUGUAGUGUGAAUCAUCUUGAAAUCAAGAAAAGAUUCUGUUCAGGCUUUAUGGUAUAAUUUGUUUGAUCAAGUCUUCAUCUUGGCAUGAUAAGUCAUGAACUGGGUUGAUUGAUGUACCUGUGUGGAUACUGAUACUUUGAUGGUUGAACAUCCAGGAAAGUACAAGGUCAUGGUUUUUUUACCUUGUCUAGUAGAAUGCAUGGUACAAGUACACUUGUAGUACAGUGGUGAAUGGAGAACUAGUAGAAGAUAUUACACUAUGAAUAUAUGAAUUCUUGGUAAAUCCAAGUGACUGUGUUAAAUUGAAUGCUUCUGUUUAAGGGAGUGAACUCAGAAAGCUUUGAUGUUCAGUUUUUUAGGUCAGAUACAAUUCCAAAAAUGACUAACUCUUUGACACCUGAAGCACAAUACACUGUGGUGUCUCCUUUAGGUAGGCCUGAAAAAUAAUCCUUUUGAAGAAUUUGAAACAGACUCUCUUUUGCAUCUUAUGCGCUAAAAGUUAAAAAAAAAUAAAUCUUAGUUUAUAAUAGGGUUUACAGAAUGUACUAUAGCAUUGUUUGUAAUUUGAUUUGUAAUUACUCUAAAGUACGAUUCAUUAGUUGACUACAAGGCUAGAUGUAUGCUGAGAUUAGUUACAAAGUGGAAUAUUCUUCUAAAAUCACUCUUAGGAUUUAUAGCACAACAAUUCAAUAAACAAUUUCAAUGUGAACAUUAUGUGGUUGAGUAUGGUUGCUUCUUCUUUUGAGACAAUGACCACAUAAACUAUGUGGCUUCUUGCCAAUCUAGUUUGCUAUGUAAAUCAUGCUGAAGCAUGACCUGCCAGCUUUUUCUAGUGACUUGAAAUCAAGCAAUAAGAGUUAAAGAACAAAAUUGGUGAAAAGGAACAAUCAGCUAGGAUACUAAUGCACUGGCAGAGUGAAGAAUAGAAUGGAAAAGUGCUGUGUUUUUCUGGAUGUAUAAUUUAUAUUGUGGUCAUGCAUUAUAAAUGCCUAAGGUAAACUUGUGGUUUGGACACACUGAUGGUAUGUAAUUUUAAUGGAUUUUGGUGAUUUGCAGGAAAUUAAUUACUUUCAGGAGAGUAAAAUACAGAUGCAGCCAAAUCCCAGAAUGACCAAAGUUGUAAAUGAUAUUGUUCAUUAUUUUUGGGCCCCAGUGGUAUUUUACCUGUUCUUGUUUUUGUUUCUUUGUCUUGCAAACUGGAAAGGUUGACUGAAAUUUUGUGGAGGGAACAAAAAGUUAAGCUUCUCAAACACUUUACCUUUGUUUUCUCCAUGUUUGAUCAGCAACAGCUGGUGCAAUAUGCAUCAUCAUUACCAACCCUAAGCCUAUAAAGGUUAU